AUGAAUCACCCGGGGAAAGAGACGGAGAAAGUGGCGAUGGUGUUGUUCGAGCGGUUUAGCUUCUCCUCAUUAGAGGCACACAAGACGGGUUGCUCUGAUUUCAAUCAACCCGUGUGGUGGAUCGAUAUUCAAGACGCCACUGAGCAAGAUAUCCGAGCCGUCUCCCAUGCUUUUUCUAUUCAUCCGUUAACGGCAGAGGACGUGGUUAUUCGCGAGCCUCGUGAGAAAGUGGAUGUCUGGGACGAUUACUAUUUGAUCUGCUUUCAAACCCUUAUCCACCAGUCCCUGCAGAAACAGGAGCAACCGGAAAUUCAAGUCUCGGUGGCCCUGUGCAUUCUCGUCUUUCAGUGUAGGGCAAUCACCUCUCUGAGUGGAAUACAUGUGAACCGAGUGAGAGAGCGGAUUCAUGGGAUGCAUAAUCCCUCGAUCUUGACCAGUGACUGGAUCUGCUAUGCAAUGAUAGACGAGAUCAUCAACAGCUUCGAGUCCUUUGCUCGGGACGCGGAACGCGAGGGUGAGGCGAUUGAGGACCAAAUUUAUACAGUCCGUAUUGAUGACGCCCAGAUUCUUUUGCCACGAGUCAACGUCCUCCGCAAGAAAAUCGCUCAAAUCACUCGCUACCUAAGCCGUAAAGUCGAUGUCUUGAACGGUUACGUGAAAUGCUGCCAGGCCCCGACAAGUACCCAGUUCUCUCAGAUGGGGAGCUUAUUCUUUAUCUGA